CAAGUUUUUUUCAUUGAAUCACACGAGUGCACUCCCCACACCCGAGGGCUCGUCCCAGUAGAUAGUGAUUUCAUAGUACACGCUGUACGUAAUUUUUAAGUGGCACUAUUUCUUUUUUUAGCGCUUAAUCGUUUUAAAUCAUAAUCAUAAUUCAGUGUUUCAAAUGUUAAACGUACAAUUUGCUUGGAAUUGUUUCUGCACUCAUUUAACAGUGGAGGAACGGAGCCGUUUUUGCGGAUAAACAGUGCCAGGGCUUCAGAUAUGAACUGUGUGCGGAAUGGACGGUUAUGACAAAGAGGACCAGUGAUGCAGAAUGGUCUUGGGUGUUCGGUUCUCGGACAUUGUUCCCUACACGAGUGUACAUCUCGACUGCAGUUUUUCCGAUAUCGUAUGUGGACUAGAAGAAUGUUCGAAGACUACUGGCGAGCCAGAGAAACAUCGCGCAGAGCUUCUGCAGAAUCUCCACCACUUUUUCGUCACGGAAACCAAUCCAUCUCCCGCACUGGUCUGCCUAUCAGUGCGGACAGCCUUCGAUUUGUACCUAAGAGUGGCCCGCUUUCCGCCCGAUGCCGAGAUAAUUUUUUCGGCCAUUAACAUUCCGGAUAUGGCCUACAUUGCGCGGCAACACGGCUUGAAGGUGGUCCCCUGCGAUUUGGACCUGGCGACGCUGGGCCCGCAGAUCCACUUACUGGAGAAGCUGAUUACGUGCGAGACGGUGGCGAUUGUUGUGGCGCACUUAUUCGGUCGCUGGUGCGAUGUCGAGCCCAUCAUACAGAUUGCUGGCAGGCAUAAUUUACAAGUGAUCGAAGACUGCGCUGAGGCUUUUUGUGGGUUGAGCAAUCUCGGCCAUCCCAAAUCCGAUUUAGUCCUCUUCAGCUUUGGGCCGAUAAAAUUUUAUACUGCCUUCGGAGGUGCAGUUGCGAAAAUACGGGAUCGCGCCCUGUGGACUCGAAUGUCCACCUUAUAUAGCACGUAUCCUAUUCAAGCCACGGAAAUCUAUUUCUGGAAGCUGGUGAAAUGUGCCCUGGUGUUCCUACUGCUGGACGUUCCGUAUUUUAUCAAGCCCGGCAUGUACAUUACCGACCGCUUCGGUAUUGAUCACAAGAAACAUGUUGUUAGUAUGCUCCGUGGAUUUCCUGAGAAUUUAUUGUUUCGACUGCGCCACCAACCCCCCACUGCGCUUUUGACGUUGCUGUUGAAGAGACUGGAGGAUUUUACCGAGGGAUGCUUUAAACAGAGUGCCGCCAACGGGCAGUAUGUAUGGGAGCGCCUUCCACCUGAAAUAUUAAAAUUUGGGCAGAAGGUUUUGGCUAAUAACUUCUGGCUGUUCCCGGUUCUUGUCGACAACCCAAAGCGAGUGGCCCUGGAACUAAAUAAAAAGGGUAUCGAUGCUUACGUGGGAGUGUCGCAGUUGAAUGUGGUGCAUCCAGAAACGGACAAGCUUUCCAUGUCUUCCUUAGAUAAUGACCAAAGUCAAUCCAGACGCGAAGUGUAUUUAUCUUCUGAACCAAAGGUAGCUAGAUUUUUUAUAAAUCACGUUAUGUAUCUGCCUGUGAACAAGUCGGUGCCUAAAGAGUCACUGGAGAGGAUAUGCCAAGCGCUUGCGAAAGUAACACAUAAGCGUUGCAAAGUACCGGUGCCUCCCCCUGAUGGCUCGGAUAACUUCUUCCUAGCUCGUUUGUGAUAGAAUGCUGCUGCUGUUGUUUUUGUUGUUAUACAAGGAACAUAUCAAACGAAACCUUACUUGUUUCGAUCCGGUGACCGGCGUUUUACAAUGUUUACAAUAGUAUUAUUAAAAUUAGCUGUUGCUGCGUGUGGGAAACGUGGGCGGUGGGCCAAAUUUGAACAA